AUGGCUUCCUCCGUCGGCUCUGAUGUGUUCGCUCUUCUCGCUCUGUUAACCAUCUCCUCCAUCGUCCUCCUCCUCCUGCGCCAUUAUCUGCCUCUUCGAACAACCCCGGCCUUUCUACUAGUUCCCAUAUUCUUCGCCCUCGUCCUUCCCACCAGCGCAUUACUUUUAGUCCCUAUCGAUCUCGCCUCCAGUGCCAGAGUCUCCAAUCAUGGUGGGAAAGGGAUCUGGCUGCCACAGAGGGCAGUCUUGGUAUCAUGGAGGAUUGUCUACUGGUUGACUUUUGUCCUGACAUGGUUUAUCCUGCCCCUACUGGCCGAAUAUAUGGAUGCUGGCUACCGGGACCCCCAAGCCCGCUUGAAAUACUCCUUGCGCUCCAACGCUAGAUAUCAAUUAAUUGUCUUAUCAUGCGCCAUUGCUGGUCUGGUGUACAUGAUCUUCUCCUAUGGCUUCGAUUUUACAGCCAUCAAAGCACUGGUGAUGGCAUUGGCCUACGUCUGGGGCUUGAUCCUCGCCAUCUAUCUCAUGGGCCAUGGCCUGGUCGCCCUACCAAGGAAGAUGUUCCGCAAUGCCGACAUAAGUGGCAGCCUGCGCAGAGUCCAAGGUCACGCCCCUCGUGUUCACGAGAAACUUCAAGAUGCAAUCCAAACCCUCGACGAUCUCGAUGCUCAGGUUGCACAACUCAAACAAAGAAAAACCGGUUCAGCCCGUGACUUUGCCGAGUGGAUCGACGAAUUGGUUGACCUCGCCGGGCCAUCCGAGUCCAGUCUUUUUCCUCCUCCCACCCCCAUCGACCCAAUUGCAACUGUCCCAGCCAUUAUCACCGAGCGCUAUCUGGCCGAUCUGACCAGAAGGCUUGUCCGAGCCAAAUACCGAAGAGCACGAUAUAUUCACGAGUGGGAUAACAUUGUUCGAUCCGCAUCCGACCUACAGUCUGUUCUCGACUCAAAAGCCUCCAAGAAACUCGACUUCGGCCGUCCCCCUUCCUUCAUCACUCCCUACAUGCGCUACCACCUACACGCUCAUUUGAUCCCCGCUUUGCAAAUCACUCUUGGUGCUAUUUUCUCUCUCGCAUCAGGAGCUAUCAUAUGGUCAGAAAUCAUCAAAUUCCCCGCUCCUCACUUAUCCGCCGUCAGUCUCACCGUUAUUCAUCAUCCAAGUGACGACACCUACCAAAUUGGCUUAGGAGGCCAGGUCCUCGCAUCCAUGUGGAUCUCUUACAUGUGCGUCUGCGCUCUGAGCAGCGUCAACGACGUUCCUACCUGGAACCAACGCGCCCUGGUCAAGCGAAACACCUACCCCGAAUCAGCCUGCUGGUAUGCCGGCCAAAUCGCAAAGUUGACAGUCCCGCUAGCUUACAACUUCCUGACCUUCCUCCCUCGAAACAUUCACCAAAAUUCCACCUUCUACAAUUUCCUCGGUCGUCUGAUUAACCUCACCCCGUUGGGAACCUGGUUCGACUACCUCUUCCCGAUCUUCAUCCUCCUCCCUGUCUGCGCCACCUUGUUCAAUCUUUACGGCAAGAUUAAGAACGUCUUUGGCUUCGGCAUCCUUGAGAUAGACGAGGACGAAGAGGAAAACCCUUCCGGGUUUGGCACAGGAGGCUGGAGGGAGGGUCGAGAUCUCAUCAACCGAGACUUAGAAGGAAAUCGAUCGUCGGCCCUUGGCCUGAGAGAUUCCCCGCGUGUCUCCCUCGACACCGCCCGACCCUCCCGCGCCGCACCUACAAGAUGGGUCCCGCCCUCAGCAAGAGAAAGACCAACAAAUCCGUCCCGAACCGAAGGCUCAGGAAUACCGUCCUUCCAAUCCAAUCCUCGUACUCGACCCGCAGUCGACCCAGAACCCGAGGAAGAGAACUUCUUCACGCUAUUCGGCCGCCGCGUAAGAAACACCCUCGACACCAUCGACGCGCCGAAGUGGAUGCAACCAAGUUCAAGCUCAAGCUCAAGUCCAAGUCAAUCCAGCGGCUUCAAGCGACCGAAAUGGUUCCGCGGCGACACUGAUACCGACACCGACAAUAAUGUGUCAUCAUCCGAUAACGCCGGAGGCGGCCCGGCGAGCAAUUUCCUCGGCUUCUUCGGCGCAGGAGGGGCAAGCGGAGGCAAUGGGAAUAGUAGUCAGGGACGGAUUGUCAUUUGA